GAGAAUAAUUCAGUUUAAAAUGCAUUUAAAUAUAAAGUUGCAAAGAAAAGAUUAUAGAAGAUAUUCUAGAUCAGUAACGGAAUAUUUAAUUAAUUUCUAAAUGUAUGAAGUUUCUCAAUAUAGUGAAAAAAAUAAUACAAAUUAGAGAUAUUUAUUUCUGAGUUUCUGGAAAUUCUGCGAGGCUGCAAAAAUGCUUGUUAAUCUGGUGUCAUUUUUGGAAUGUUUCAUUAGUAAGGACUUUAGUUCAUGUUCAUUAAUAAAAGAGGAUUUAAGAGAUUAUCACCAGCGACACUAUUAUCAUGGACAAUUUGCACUACUAACAAGCACUUGGUCAUUCAAGCUUCAUGCCACCAAAUACAAAACAUCCGAAUUAAUCACAGAACAGGAUCUGUGUCUGGGUCUAGUCCGAAUAGAAUCACUACGAGUACCAAGUUCUGUAAAAUCAGGUAGUUCCCAGGGGGUGCUGCUCGACUGCGAUUAUGACCUCAGCGAUCCCUACGGUCUAGUAGUCAAAUGGUACUUUUCGCCAAGGGGAGGCACCGGAUUACGACGUGUUUAUCAGUGGAUUGCCGGACAGAAGCCACUGGCUUUUGGAGUUUUCAAAAAUGCCGUAAAUUUAUCCUAUAAGGCAUCAGACAAUCCGAAUUUUCAACACAGAGCAUUGAAUUUGAUCAGACCAACUUGGAACAUGUCUGGAACCUACCAAUGUGUGGUAGAAACCUACAAUGAUGGUACUGCCAAGGAAUCUUCAGAUAUGCUGGUCUAUUCACCCGAGAAAAAUUUUCAACUAAUCCACGAAAAAAAUCACAUUGAUUCAUUUCGACUCAUAUGCUCCGCAGAAAAUUUGUUUCCUACACCUGUUAUGAGCUUUCGAGUUGGCAACAAAGUACUAAUUGCAACUGAAAACAACGUUUCCCAAAGCAGAAGUUCCCUAUACGACAUCCGCGUAGGAACGGAAUUGGGCUUUGACGAUCUGUCGGAAGAGCCCUCGGAAGUAACUUGCGAACUAUCUCUGCCCGAGGCCAAUUACACAGUCAGGCAAGAAGCACUAAUCUACAAAAAUCUUCCAAAGGUGGUGCCGAAAUCUGCAGCAUCGGCGGAUUUAACAGCUCUUGACUCAACAAAUUUUACAACAGGAAAUUCUGCUAACAUCCCAGUGCCUUAUUUAUACAUCGUAUUAAUCUUCUGCAUUUUUUCGCGCUUUUUAAAUCAUCCACAUUCUGCGACUACGUAG